AUGCCACUCGAAGAUGGCCAGGACUCGGUACAGAAAUGGAGGGCCUCCAAAGGCUGGCUACCUCGGACGUUACACAAAACAUACCUCAUUCCCCUGGCAGGCUUGUUCCUGUUCAUGUUGGGCGUCAUUGAACUACUGCGACAAUACUCGAAGAGAAUGGGGGGUAUAGUCCAUUGGACAUAUGAAGAGGACCUGCCAACAGCCAUAUGGGGAGCUUACACCUAUCUGCCCUUGAUCUUUGCCUUAUUGGCCAUCAAUCUCCUGGACAUUUGCGCCCAGGAUGUACUACGACUUGAACCUUUCUUUCAACUCGCCAAGCCCGAAGGGGCACCGGCCACUGUUCUAUUCAACAAUUAUUGCUGCAAUGCAUUUACAGCAUCUUUCAUAGCGUUUCGAAAUCGCCAUUGGGUUGUGCUAUGUGCCGCACCGGUCUCUUUAAUUUUUCGCAUGUUUCUCCCUUCGCUGCUAGCUGGUCUAGUGGUUUUGGACGAUGGAAAUUGGGUUGAGAGGAAAGUGGUCAAUACCUGGCCGGCUAUAAUUGAUUUGGAAAUUCAGCAAGUCUGGCUAGCGGCAGGAUCUUCGGGCGAGGGGCCUUUGGGAUCACCAGAGCUGAACAGUUUCUUCAUGCCUGACCCUGCAGAUUACGCGACCCCUCCUGUUUCACUGCCUGAUGAUCAAAACGACUCCUCCUUGUUGACUCUGAAUCAAACGAUAUAUUGGUCGAACAUGACAUGUGUCAGCAAUACACGAAGAGGAAUAUCACCGCAGACCGUGACUAAUGCUACCUUGACGAGCAACUUGCCCCACGGUCAACAAAUCUGGUCAUGGAAUGCUGGAAAUAUGUCAAUGGGGAACCUCCCGGGUGGUAACAGCAGCUCGAGAUGUGAAAUUAGUGUUGCGCUGGACACUGUCAUCGGUGCUGAUGGUCAGACAUUACAAGCGAGAUUCUGGGAGCCUAUGAACUCUGAUGGGACUUUAAUGGCUUCAUCCGCCUUCACUUUUGAUGAUUGCAGCUCCUUCAAGGUUUUCGGUGUGAUCGUGGACAUGGAACUCGCUGCAGGAAACGUCUCAGAUUCAAAUGUCACAGUGCUUGCCUGUUCACCAACAUAUCAGCAAGCAUCGGCCGCUGUUACUCUCAACCCAAAUGCUUCUAUCGCCGAUGUGGAUAUGACACCCUCAACAAUCAAGUCUCUCGAUCCACUUGAUUUUGAUGUGGAUGGAAUUCAUGAUCUGAUUGCUUCUCGAUAUCUGACAUCGGAGCUCGACGUCCGGCUUGGAAACAGCUCACAGUUCAAUGCUUCUGUUAGUAACAGUGAGCCCGUCGUCGUCUCAACUGAUUCUACGAUAUUGGAUUCCGAUGAAUAUCUGCUGGAGAUUCGUCAGUAUUGGAAUGCAGACUUCAUAGUCACGAUAGAUCGAUUUUUUAACCCUGGUGGUUUUGCAACACCCGUCGAAGCCAAACAGCAGAGCCUCGUGGUCGUUUUGACGGUCGCAUCCAACGCGGCAUCAGUGGCGGAGAGUAUUCUGGGCCUAGGUCUCGCUAUGAUCUGUGUUUUGGCAUACGUGUACCGGAAUCGGCCGAAUUUCUUGCAAUGGGACCCUGGGUCAAUCGCUGCUCAAUGCACCAUCAUUGCACAGCUCUUCAAGCCAUCAACUAGGGUCAUGUUCUCCGAGGCGAAAUUGCAUAUGGCAACCACUCGUCAACUUCGGCAGUGGGCUAAUGGCAAAUGGUGCGAGUGGGUAAUUGAAGGUGGCGAAGAAAAGCUUCAAGUCGUUGAUCGGGGUGAAGCAUCUUUAGCUCCACCGCAUCCACCCCCCAGUCGCCGAGACCCAAUGCCGCAUUUCCUGAGGCCUCUUUGGUUUUCCCUCGAGUGCUUGCUAUUUGCUGCGAUUUUGACUCUUUUUGGUGUCAGCCUGUCAUAUCUUCGCUGGAAGAAUAUCAACUCUUUGUUCAGUACUGGAGCAACCGUGGCGAUGAUUUUCCUCAACUUUGGCCCAACCGCAAUUGCCUCCAUUAUCGGCUCCUUCCUCGUCUCGAUUUAUCGCAAUUUGAGCUCGAUGGAGCCUUGGAUCAGGCUGCAAGACGGCAUGGCCACAGCGCGGCAGUCUGUCGUUGAGAACUAUGGGAUUCAGACACCUUUCAUUCCUUUGUUCAUCAGACGCCACCGACGACCUGGUUUAUUGUUCGUACUAUCUAUUGUGUGCCUGGGUGACCUCAUUCUUCGACUUCUCAGUGGUGGCCUUUUCACACCACAGCUGAAAAACUAUUCGUCACCCAGCUCGGAUAUGACCUACAUAUACAAUUCUUCCGCCAUGGUGAACAACAUCAAUCACACCGAUCUUGAAAUUUCUCUGGUAGCCACAGGCAGACUUUUGAACAACGUCUCGUUCCUCCAGUGGGCUUCAUUUGAUGAAAAAUCCUUCAUGGUGCCAUUGUCGAUUCACAAUACUUCCGACGAUGACUACUACGCUGUAUAUUCUGCACCCACUCGCGGAAUUGGAGCCGACCUUGACUGCAAGGUACUUCCCGCCGCUGCAUCAGCCACUUCGUUUUCUUGGAAUUAUACGAUCUCGCAAGCUGGAACCGCACAGACUUGUACCGUCGACAUCCCUCUGACAGAUGAUUUGACGAGCAGGAGCGGAAGGUCGGUCCACUAUUACGCACCGAAUGGAACGGAUCAUCUCUGUCAGGAAUCUAGCAUCUUUGUCUUGGCAUUCUGGGGCCUGAAAAACUUGACGGAUAUCGGCAAAGCCAGCUCAACCGCUUUGCAUUGUGAGCCGAAAAUCAAUAUGCAGGACUACCAUCUCGAGUUUGAUUCCAGCGGGACGGUCCAGAAUCAAAACGCCAUUAGUGGAAGCGCCAUUACAAGCGGGGGCCUCUAUCAAAACGCAUCAACAGUAUUGAAAGACUUCAACCAAUUGUUGACUGGUCUACCUCGGAACUUCACAUCGCAUCGUUUCAACUCUUCUCACACUCAUCACCGCCAUCACCACCAUCGAUAUGACUGGCCCGGCCGGUUAACCGCUAAUUCUUACCACAUGUUGUUCCCACAAGACUUGACAUUGAAGCCCCGGCAUCUCAUUUCCGCCGUCCAGACAGUCUAUCAGACUGUUUUCAGUACCCACCUAGCCCUUUGGAAAGAUAAAUUCCUGGAGCGUCUGCCAACACAUUCUCCCCAACAGGUGAAAGGGAACAUCCUGGACAGUAUAUGGGGGUUCAUUCCAUCAACCAGCUUAGUGGUCAUCAUCAUUGUCCUUCUAGCCAUCGAUGCAGUCGCUCUCAUGACUGUUUUCUUUGUUCGCUUCAAUCGCUAUCGAGGAGUCCGUGUUCCCCGGUCGAUCGGAUCUCUCAUUCCGUGGGUUGUGGAAAGCCGCAUGCUUACCGACCUUGGAGAAACAUGGGGAAUGAGUGGCCGAGAGCGGGAGAGGUAUUUGCUCGAGAAAAAUAGCAAGUAUCGGGUUGGAGACUUUUCUGCUGAGGGCGGGCCCCUAUGGGCUUUGGACUAUGAUUACGGUGAACAGCGUGCAGAUGACCAGGGUGCAGGUGCGGGGAUAGAGUUACAUGAACGCAGACCUGUUGAAUAG